AUUCCCCAGGCCAGGUCCUCCAAGGGGAGCCAGAGCCCCUUCCCAAUCUUCCUCCUCUCCUGUCCCUAGGAUUCAAUGCGCGCCUGGCGGAGGGUGUCUCUUGCCUUGCGCUUCCAGGCCUGGACUUGUCCGGCUGCAUCCUCCCUCCCUCGCUGGGGGCUCCGUUGUCCUGGAGGCCCCCCAGGGGUCUCUGCAAGAUGAAGAGGGUCCGCACCGUCUUCACCCCGGAGCAGCUGGCGCGCCUGGAAAAGGAAUUCCUCAAGCAGCAGUACAUGGUGGGCACCGAGCGGGUCGAGCUGGCAGCCACCCUGCACCUGACAGAAACCCAGGUGAAAGUUUGGUUUCAGAACCGGCGGAUUAAGUGGCGGAAGCAAAGCCUGGAGCAGAAGGAGGCCAAGCGGGCCCAUCUUAGGGCGACGGAAGCAGCCCCCGCCAAGCAGUCCGAAGAGGAGGAGGAGAACAGUGACCAGGACGACGUUGACGUUGAGGACUAGCAGCAUCUUCCCAUCCCAAGUGCAUGGAGAGCGGCUUCCACAGUUGGGAAGAAGUGGAUGGGACAGAAUCGGAAAGGUCAAGUUGGCCUGAGGACGCAUCUGACUAUUGGACUUACUGUAGGGUUUUCAGGUUUCCAUAUUCUGAACUGUUUGGAUUCCUUUUAAGAAAAGGAGAAGGGUUUUUUUCUUUUACUAUGAAUUGGACUUCACUGGAAAACAUUGGGGAUUGGACUUCUGACUUUCUGCAUGCCAGGCAUGCGCUCUGCCUCUUCUGAACUGCCCUCUCUCCAUUACAACCCACUCAUUUUCCAUUUUCUGUGCCAUUAAGUGUUAAACCCCGUGUCAAAGACUCAGGAAAGCUAGCUGAGAGAGGGCUCUCAGGUGGCGCAGAUCCAGGAUAAAUGCUGCGCUGGACCAAGUCAGUGGCAUCUCUGCUCUCAGCCAAGGACUGCUCCACCUGACUCUCCCAACCCUGGAAGUUUCUGGGCCGUUUGAUGGCGUGUCCUGGACUUAGUUCACUUCUCCAGCCAUCAGCCGCAGGAGCUGGGUUCCAAGGCUGAGCCCACAGCCUCCCCUCCUCUCCCCACACGCAACACCCCUUUUGCGUUGCAGCACUUGGUGUCACCAGCUGAUUUGAUGCUCCCUGUCCCAUAAGGGUUCCUCUGGCCUGAGAUCCUGCAUCGAGGUUGCAUAGCGUAAACCUGUGUGUGCUGCAUAUGCUUUCGACUUAUGGCAACUCCAUUAAUUUCGCAGGGUUUUCUUAGGCAAGAGAUAUGCAAAGGGGUUUUUGCCAGUUCAGUGUGAAGUCAAAGGCUUUCACAGCCAAUGCCCUUAGUUUUUUGUGGGUUUUUUGGGCUCAUUCUGGAAGAGUUGAUUC